AUGUCUAAUAUUUCCUCAAUACUUAUAAAUUCAUAUGAUGAAAACCAAAAAAAUGAUGUUACCACUAAUGCCCGACCUAAAAGUCGCCCCUACAAAUGCAAUACGUGUCAGAAAGCGUUUCAGCGAUUGGAACAUUUGAAUAGACACAUUCGAAUACAUACUGGAGAAAAACCACAUGUAUGCGAUUGGGUUGGUUGUGACAAGAAAUUUUCCAGAUCUGAUGAAUUAACCAGACAUAAAAAAAUUCAUGAAAAUAGUUUUAAAAGGAUUACAAAUCGUAAUAGAAGAAUGGUUGCAGUGUCGUUUCGGAAUACUACCUAUUUAAUACGAAAUCAUCAUCCAAUUCAAUCAAAUCCCUCUCGUAUUACUUAUAUUUUCACCGAAUCCACUUCAUUAAAUCCUCCAAAUUGGACAAAACCAUUUGCUUGUCCAAUUGUGGGGUGUACGAAAAGCUUUACACGACACGGUCACCUAUCCCGUCAUGUACAAUCCUGUCAAUUAAAGCGAUCUCGUAAAGAAUCAUCAAAAAAAGUUGCGGCUUCAGUACCUAAUAGUAGUGUUGCUACUACUAUUAUUUCUAAAUCUUCUGGUUUAGACAGUAUAGGCAAAAUUAUUGCGCCAAUUCCUAUAAGACCAUUUUAUGAACGUCCUCAUCCUAUCGAAUGUUCUCGGGAUUAUCAGCCUCAACCAUCGUGGUUGUCAAAUUCUCAACAACAUCAAUCACCACAACCAUCACUAAAUUACACAUUUUCUUUCUCUUCGGAGACUUCUCAUCACCGUACUCUACCUUUACCAAUUCCAGCUGUAGGUCAGUCUGAUCCUAACAGAUUCGAUCUACCUACUCUUUUGUAA